GCUGGCCCGGGCGGCUGCAAUAUGGCGGAGGCGGAAGGGGAGAGCUUGGAGUCCUGGCUGAAUAAAGCCACCAAUCCUUCUAACCGCCAGGAAGACUGGGAAUACAUAAUUGGCUUCUGUGAUCAAAUCAACAAAGAGCUUGAAGGGCCCCAGAUCGCUGUCCGACUGUUGGCCCACAAGAUCCAGUCUCCACAGGAAUGGGAGGCAUUGCAGGCCCUCACGGUGCUGGAGGCGUGUAUGAAGAACUGUGGGAGGAGGUUUCAUAACGAAGUGGGCAAGUUCCGGUUUUUGAAUGAGUUAAUCAAAGUUGUCUCUCCGAAGUACUUGGGAGACAGGGUGUCUGAGAAAGUGAAGACCAAGGUCAUUGAGUUGCUUUAUAGCUGGACAGUGGCCCUGCCGGAAGAAGCCAAGAUCAAAGACGCCUACCAUAUGUUGAAGAGACAGGGCAUAGUCCAGUCUGACCCUCCAAUCCCCAUGGACAGAACAUUGAUCCCCUCUCCACCCCCUCGUCCCAAAAACCCUGUGUUUGAUGAUGAGGAGAAAUCCAAGCUCUUAGCCAAGCUGCUAAAAAGCAAAAACCCAGAUGAUCUGCAAGAAGCCAAUAAGCUCAUCAAAUCCAUGGUGAAGGAAGACGAGGCUCGGAUCCAGAAGGUGACCAAGCGCAUGCGCACCCUGGAGGAGGUGAGCAACAACGUGAAGCUGCUUCAUGAGGUGCUGCUGCACUACAGCCAAGAGCACUCCUCACCUGCCGACAAGGAGCUCGUGAAGGAGCUGUAUGAUCGGUGUGAGAACAAGAGACGGACAUUAUUUAAACUAGCCAGCGAGACAGAGGACAAUGACAAUAGUUUAGGGGACAUCCUGCAGGCCAGUGACAACCUCUCCCGGGUCAUCAACUCCUACAAAACAAUCGUUGAAGGGCAGAUCGUCAAUGGUGAUGUGACCACCUCAACCAUGCCUGAUUCUGAAGGAAACCACCCGUCCAGCCACGGCACUCUCAUCGACCUUGCUGAGUUGGAUACACCCAACAGCUCAUCCCCAGUGUUGGCCCCAGCACCCGCCCCACCCACCUCAGGCAUCCCUAUCCUCCCUCCACCCCCCCAGACCGCGGGACCUCCACGCAGUCGUUCUUCCAGCAUGGCCGAGGCCCCCCCAGGGCCCAACAGCACAAGCAACGGCCUCUCCUUGCUGGACGAGGAGCUCCUCUGCUUGGGCCUCACUGACCCAGCUCCCCCAGCUCCUCCUAAGGACUCCAUUGGAAGCAGCCAGUGGCACCUGUUCCAGGGCGAACAGUCAGACCUGGACUUCUUCCGACCCAGGCUGGGGCCUUCUGCCUGCUGCCCGUCAGAUGGGCCUCUGCUUCCCCCCUCAGCCCCUGCCUCCAGCACCUCCCAAGCUCCACCGCCACCUGCCUUCCCUGCACCUGUAGUCUCUGUUGGCAUACCUGUCCCCAGCGCUGGCUCCUUCAUGUUCUCUUCCGGACUCACCCCAGCUUUGGCCCCAAAGACUGAGCCCACGGCCGCUGAGCACCACAGCUCAGGGCUGGGGGACACCACCCUGCACCACCUGGACGGCCUUGAUCAGCUUCUGGAGGAGGCCAAAGUGACCUCAGGCUCGGCGAAACCUGUCUCCUCUUGCUUUCCCCCUGGGACCAACGCAUCCCCCCGGCUCCCCACCUCUGCCCCAGCCAGGCCUCUCCUGCCCUUCUCUGCUGGGCCCAGCAGCCCUCUCUUCCAGCCACCAGCUUUCCAGCCCCAAGGCAGCCCUGUGAAGGGGCCCGAGCUCUCCCUGGCCAGUGUCCAUGUGCCCCUGGAAUCGAUCAAGCCUAGCAGUGCCCUUCCUGUGACAGCCUAUGACAAAAAUGGCUUCCGCAUCCUCUUCCACUUCGCCAAGGAGUGUCCACCGGGCCGGCCCGACGUUCUGGUGGUGGUGGUGUCCAUGCUGAAUACAGCUCCCUUGCCAGUCAAGAGCAUCGUGCUGCAGGCUGCGGUGCCCAAGUCCAUGAAAGUGAAGUUGCAGCCGCCCUCUGGGACAGAACUCUCUCCAUUUAGCCCCAUCCAACCACCUGCAGCCAUCACCCAGGUCAUGCUGCUGGCAAAUCCACUGAAGGAGAAGGUGCGGCUUCGGUAUAGGCUGACCUUUGCCUUGGGGGAGCAGCUGAGCACAGAGCUGGGAGAGGUGGACCAGUUUCCUCCUGUGGAGCAGUGGGGGAACCUAUGACCCCAGAGGACGCUGCGACCUCUACUCGGAAGGCAGGCAGGCUGCCCUGAGCCAGAGAGGGCUCCAGUCGGUCUAACCACUAUCCUAAUGGCAGUAUUUGUAGCUUUGAUGUGGACCAGAGGCCCACUGCUGUGAUCCUCUCUCCUCCUUGGCCCCUAAAAGGACCUGUUUUCUAUCUACCUGUGUGACUUGAAGUAGCCAUAUACUUACUGUAAGGGGUGGGGAGUGGCCCUGAGCUUCCCUGGCUGGUCUGGGAUGGGUUUCCCUUCUCCUGCAGGCAUUCCUUGAUGCCCAAGGCCAAGGUUCUAAAGGAAGGUUCUCAGACCCCCUCAAGAACCAACCUCACACCCCAAAGACAGGUGGCUUGAGACCACACUGCAGCCUCAGUCGCUCGCUUGUGCUUCCCUGCUGUCUGGCUCUGCUGCCGCCUCCCGUGAGGUGGCGAACCGGCGGUCCUGAGAAAGGCUGGUGCACUGCUCCCGCCUCCUGUGCCACAGCAUCCUGUCAUGCUGCAGCGUGAGUGGUCCGCCUGUUCCUAGCGAGUGACAGGCUGUGUCCUAUGGACAUCUCAGCAGGCCAUGGACCUCAGCCCAGCAGAAGCAGAAUCUGGCCUCGUGAGUCUCAGCUAGGGAUAGGAAGGAAAACAGAAGCGAGCUAGUGUUUCCCCUUCAGAAGCAGGUACUGGAGCGUAUUUCCUGCCAUGGGAUAGCCGCCCUACUCACUACCUCUUGCUUGGCAUGCAGUAAACAGCUGUCCUCAGUCUGAAGAGGACAACUCCCAAACCUGGUGUCCUGCCCUGCCCUGCCCCCCUUCCCACCCGUGCGGCUGGGCUGAAGAAGCCUCAGGGUCAAGCACGUUGCACUAGAUGGAUGUCCUUGUGUGCUGCCCCCAAAUCCGCACUGUCCCCCAGCUACAGAUGAAGGGGUGCUGUCAGCGAGAUGUUGGGUCUGGAGGCGAUGAGGGGCCAUGCUUGAACCAAGUCACCAGACCCUAUUGCUUCACA